AUGGCAAACCUAACAACUCCUCCAGCCUGGACCAGAGUCAUCAACAGCUCCUUGGACCUGGAUCAUGCAGGAAACAAUGCCUACAAGUGCAUAUUUGAUGAGGACUUCAAGUACGUUCUUCUGCCCGUCUCCUACGGCAUCGUGUGCGUGGUGGGGCUCUUCCUCAACCUUCUGGCCCUCUAUGCCUUCAUCUUCAGGAUCAAGACCUGGAACGCCUCCACCACCUACAUGUUCAACCUGGCUGUGUCCGACACGCUCUACGUGGUCUCCCUGCCCCUCCUGGUGUAUUAUUAUGCCAUGGGGGACAACUGGCCCUUCAGCGCGGGCUUGUGCAAGAUCGUCCGCUUCUUGUUCUACACCAACCUCUACUGCAGCAUCCUCUUCCUCCUCUGCAUCAGCAUCCACAGAUUCCUGGGGAUCUGCUUCCCCCUCAAGUCCCUGCAGUGGGGACACGUUCGCUACGCCCGGAGGGUCUCGGUGAUCGUGUGGGUGGUGACUGUUGCCUGCCAGUCACCCGUGCUCUUCUUCGUCACCACCAGCGUCAAGCGCGACGCCGUCACCUGCCACGACACCUCCAGCAAGGACCUCUUCGGCCAGUUCGUCAUUUACAGUUCGGUGAUGCUGGUGCUGCUCUUCUGCAUCCCUUUCCUCAUCAUCAUCAUCUGCUACUGCCUGAUGGCCCGGAGGUUGCUGCAGCCCACCAGGGGCAUCUCCCGCCUGUCCCGAUCCAAAAAGAAGUCGGUGAAGAUGAUCAUCAUUGUCCUGGUGGUCUUCAUCGUUUGUUUCCUUCCUUUCCACGUCACUCGCACCUUGUACUACUCCUUCCGGAGCUGGGACCUCAGCUGUCAGACCCUCAAUGCCAUCAAUUUAGCCUACAAGGUGACUCGUCCCCUGGCCAGCACCAACAGCUGCUUGGAUCCCAUUUUGUAUUUCUUAGCAGGACAACGAUUCAUGAGGUUUGCAGGCAACAAAGUGCCCUGGAAGCCUCAAAACGAGGUGGCUCUGGGCAUCGUGCCCAACAACCACCUGGGAACCAGCAACGAUAGCGACACCUUAUCCAAGGAUGUGAAAUCCUAG